UAGGCCGUAGAGAAUGCUCGGUCUUUUUUUUUUUUUAGUAACUGAUACUAUUUUGUUACGCUAAUCGUAUUCAUGCACAAUUGACUUUAUCAAUCUUACAUCAUUUACAUAUCAGCUGCUCAUCGUGUUUCGAAUGAUACGGCGAAACAAUAUUUAAGGUAUAUUAAAAUAAGAACAACGCACAAGAGAUGGCAAAGCAACGCAAAAACGUAGGGGUUACUGCGAAAAUUAUGGAACCGUUGUUGACGAUACCGAAUUCAACGUCCUCGCAGCAGACCGUGUCCGUGUCUUUGUCCGUGUCUUCGUCCGUGUCUUCGUCCGUGUCUUCGUCUUCCGUUCCUGCUCAAUCAAAUAUUUAUUCUACCUCGAAUUUUGACCAACUCAAAGUAUUAUUGGAGAAGGAGUAAUUUGUAUAAGGCAAUUUUCCACAAAUGGCAAUUAAGGAAGUUUUUUAUACUUUGGACGAAUUUGAUACAGAAUUCCCGGCAGAUUCCGUUGAAUGGUGUCCUGCAGAACCGUUUCAAGAUUUAUUGGCGUGUGGAACAUACAAAUUAAUUGAAAAUAAAGAAGGUGCAAAAGAUGAAAAGUGUAAACGGACAGGACGAAUUUACUUACUUCGCGUGGCGGAUGGUGGAAAAUUACAAGUAUUGCAACAAAUAGACACUUCAGGCGUGUUGGAUAUGAAGUGGAUAUAUGUCACGGAUAGCGAAAAUAAUCAAAUAUUGCUUGCUGUUGCUAACUCCAAUGGACAUUUGCAAAUUUACGAACUAAAAAAGAAGGAAAGCAAAACAAAAUUGCAAUUAAUUGCUGAAGAAAGAAUCAGUGACGAUAACGAAGAUGUCAUGGCAUUGUCGUUGGAUUGGUCCACUGGAGGAUGCUCUUCUUAUUUGAAUCCACAUAUUGCUGUGAGCGAUAGUCAAGGAAAGAUAUCUCGAUUCACAUGGCAUGAAACUAAUAAUCUGAUAAAGAACUUUACGUUACGCGCGCACGAAUUCCAGGCGUGGAUCGUGGCCUUUGAUUAUUGCAAUGAUAAUAUUUUUUAUUCUGGAGGUGAUGACAACAAGUUUCUAACUUUCGACACCAGGACAGGAUCUACUCCUGUAUUGUGUAAUAGUGAGCACACUUCUGGUGUCACCAGUAUUCACAGCAACAUUGUUAAACCAUUCAUGCUUGCAACCGGAAGUUACGAUGAGAUUCUAAGGUUGUGGGACAAGAGAAACUUGAAACGACCAAUGUCCGAGACUAAUCUCAAAGGUGGAAUUUGGCGUUUGAAAUGGGAUCCGUUUACGCGUCAAUACUUAUUUGCCGCAUGUAUGUAUGAGGGCUUUAAAAUUGUUGAUUGUAGUUAUGACACAGCUAUCAUUGGCCAUUACAAUAAGCAUUGUGGUAUAUCGUACGGUUGCGAUUGGUCGUUCUUGAAAAAGGAGGAUGUUUCUCGUUUAAGAAUACCUGUUGGAGAGACUUUGGUAAGUACUUGUUCCUACCAAGAUUGUGCCCUCAAAUUAUGCGCAGUUAAUUUCAAGAUUUACGAACCCGAUUCAUAAUGCGAAUAAAAUAAAACUUAUAUUUUUUUAAGUUUUGUUAAGUGUGCGUGCAUGUGUAUAUGUAUAUAUAUAAAAUAAAAAUGUGCAUAAAAA